UACUGGACCAGUUUGCCCAGCCAUCCCUGUCAGGACAGGGACAACUCGCGGAUCAUGAGAGCAGCCAAGAUGCCACUUGAAUGGGUUAUACCAUGGCUCACCCUCUACUUUGGAUUAUCUGCAGCCAGCACUGUCAUGAUUCCGACGAUGACCCAAGUGCACAUAAUUAAAGAAGUGAGACCUGCUCACAACGACCAGAUCUGCAGUACAUGGGGAAACUACCACUUUAAGACUUUCGAUGGAGAUUUCUUCCAGCUUCCAUCCACUUGCAACUAUAUCCUUGCAUCCCAGUGUAAGGCAAGCUUUGAAAGUUUCAACAUCCAGUUCCAACGGCAGGAGAUGGAUGGGGUCCCCACCAUUACGAAGGUCACCAUGAAACUGGAGGGAGCUGUUGUGGAAUUAGACAAGACUUCCAUCAAAGUCGAUAAUGAACUUGUCACUAUACCAUUCAGCCAGGGUGGCAUUUCAAUUGCAAGAACCGCCUCCUACAUUAAAAUCGACGCAAAGCUCGGUGUGGUCGUCAUGUGGAAUGAAGAUGACGCCCUCUGGGUUGAGUUGGAUGCAAAAUUCAAGAAUCAGACCUGUGGCCUGUGUGGUGACUACAAUGGAGUCCAGGUUUAUGAUGAGUUCAUCAGGACAGGAACUGGGGAGUCUUUCACUAUUGAAUACUAUGGGGAGGCCUCACAAAACAAUGGUCCCAAUGAAGAGUGUGCAGCAAUGUCCUCUUCAGCCGCGCAGAGCUGUGCAAAUCAAACAGACCUCUGCACAAACUUGCUGUCAGGACCAGCAUUUCUCAGCUGUCAAAACUUGAUUGAUAUUGACUCGUUCACCAAAGCCUGUAUGAAGGACCUGUGUCGCUCCAACAACAGCACUUCAUGCUUGUGUGCAACCAUGUCAGAGUACUCCCGUCAGUGUGCUCAUGCAGGCGGAAAACCACAGCAAUGGAAGACCGCACAACUGUGUUCAACAACAUGCCCUUUCAACAUGGAGUAUAAAGAAUGCGGUAGUCCUUGUACUGACACCUGCAGCAACCCCCAGAGAAGCCAAGUGUGUGACGAUCACUGCAUGGAUGGAUGUUUCUGUCCAUCUGGGACUGUCUUUGACGACAUUACACAAAAUGGCUGUGUUGCUGUUGACAACUGCACCUGUUUACACAAUGGCCAGCCCUACCAACCAGGGGAAUCGUACACAAGGGCGUGUCAAAAAUGCAUGUGUACCCGGGGCCAGUGGCGCUGUAAGGAUAUAGAAUGUCCUGGUAUCUGCUCCCUGCUGGGUGGUGCCCACAUCUCCACCUAUGAUGAUAAAAUGUAUACUUUCCAUGGAGACUGCUCCUAUGUUCUCACCAAGGAAAUCAAUGGGACGUUCAGUGUCCUAGGUGACCUGGCCAAAUGUAAAAAUUCAGAUAAAUCAACGUGCCUGGCUGCAGUCACCCUACUACUGCCUAAACACAUGAUGAUUGUAGUUGAUUCCAGCGGACAGUUUUUGUAUAACAAACUGAUCACACAGCUGCCUUUUUUCAUGGAUGACGUAACAGUCUUCAGGCCAUCGACAUUCUUUAUUGUAAUCCACACCAGUUAUGGGCUUCAUCUCGAGAUUCAGCUUUCACCCAUUAUGCAGAUCUACAUCAAAGCCAGUGUUUCCAAUAAGGGAAAACUCAGGGGUCUUUGUGGAGAUUUUAAUGAUGUGGAAGCUGACGACUUCAGAACCACUAAUGGAUUGAUUGAGGGAACGGCUGGGACAUUUGUCAACACAUGGAAAGCCAGAGGAAGCUGCCGCGAUGUGACAAACACACUCGGCGACCCCUGCACUUUGAGUAUAGACAAGGAGAAAUAUGCUAAACAUUGGUGCGGCUUGCUGUCAGACCCAAAUGGGAUUUUUGCAAAGUGCCAUUCUGAAAUAAACCCAGAAGACUAUCAAACUGCUUGUAUUUAUGACACUUGCGCCUGCGAAAACAGUGUCAAGUGCAUGUGUGCUGCCAUAUCCUCCUACGUCCAUGCAUGUGCAGCUGAAGGUGUCUUACUGAACGGAUGGAGGAGCACUGAAUGCCAGAUAUUCACAACUGGCUGCCCCCCUACUUUCGUGUAUGGCUACCAAAUGACAAGCUGUGGUCGCACCUGCAAAUCUCUCAGUCAGUGGGACUCAACAUGCGAGGUUGAGUUUACCCCGCUUGAUGGCUGUGGCUGUGGUGAGGGAACUUAUCUAAAUGAGAAGGGAGACUGUGUGCCAGCCUCACAUUGCCACUGUCAUGUGGGGGACAUGAUGGUACGCCCUGGGCAGGUCAUCAGACACCUUGGGCAAACUUGCUCCUGCCAUAGUGGAAAAUUAACAUGCACAGGAGACCACAUAAGUGAAUCAUGCACAGAGCCAAUGGUUUUCAUCAGCUGCUCAAACGCAAAACCAGGUGACAAGGGAUCUGAGUGCCAAAAAAGCUGCCAGACACUGGGCACAGAAUGUGUCAGUACACAGUGUAUGCCAGGCUGUGUAUGCCCUGCUGGCCUGCUGUCUGAUGGUAAAGGAGGCUGUGUUACGGAGGAGAACUGUCCCUGCCCAUUCAACGGAGAAUCCUAUAAUUCUGGACAGACUGUCACUGUGGACUGCAAUACCUGCACUUGCAAAAGCGGAAAAUGGAAUUGUACAGAAAAUGAGUGUGAUGGGACCUGUACCAUAUAUGGAGAAGGGCAUUACAUCACCUUUGAUAAAAAGAAAUUCUCCUUUCACGGGGACUGUGGCUACGUCUUCACUCAGGAUUACUGUGGGGACGAUAUGAACGGCACCUUCAGGGUCCUGACUGAGAGCAUCCCAUGUGGAACAAGUGAAAGCAUCUGCUCCACUGCUAUCAAACUCUACUUAGGGAACAAUGAAAUUGUUCUGUCAGAGGAACAUGUCAGAGUUAUCAAACAAAGCAAAGGGGAGGACAUACCCCAUCACAUCCAGACAAUGGGCAUAUAUCUUGUCAUUGAGGCAAAGAAUGGACUUGUUCUCAUUUGGAAUAAGAAGACGACACUCAUGAUCAAACUCAAGCCCACGUUCAAGGGAAAAGUCUGUGGUCUUUGUGGUAAUUAUGAUGGGAAUGUAAAAAAUGAUUUCACCACCAGAGACAAACAGAUUGUGGUUGAAGCCCUUGAGUUUGGAAACAGCUGGAAAGACUCACCUACCUGCCCUAAUGCAAACACACAUAGAAAUCCCUGCAGUCUAUACUCACACAGACAGGCAUGGGCAUUAAAACACUGCAGCAUUAUCAACAGUAAAGUGUUUGCCAGUUGCCAUUCAAAGGUGGACCCAAAACAUCAUUAUGAUGCCUGUGUGAGAGACACAUGUUCCUGCAACACAGGGGGAGAUUGUGAAUGUUUCUGCUCCUCUGUAGCAGCUUACGCAGCAGCUUGCAAUGAAGCCGGAGCCUGUGUAAGAUGGAGAACUCCCACAAUCUGCCCUCUAUUCUGUGAUUUUUACAACCCUGAUGGAGAGUGUGAAUGGCACUACGAGCCUUGUGGAAAACCAUGCAUGAAGACAUGUAGGAAUCCCUCAGGAGUAUGCUACAAUCACAUUCCAGCAUUAGAAGGCUGCUAUCCAAGCUGCCCGCCCGAAAAAUCUUAUUUGGAAGAAAUUACCAUGAAGUGUGUGUCAGAGAAAGAAUGUGGCUGCUAUCUCGAAGGAACGCAUUAUGAAGAAGGGGAGCACAUGCCUCGAAAGGAAAACUGUCAAAUUUGUCACUGUUCAUCAACAAAGCAUGAGUGCAGUGAUAGCGUCACAGCUUGCGAGUGUUCAUAUCAUGGACGUAUAUACAAAUAUGGAGAUACAAUCUAUGACACAAAUGAUGGAAAUGGAACCUGUAUCACAGCUUUUUGCGGAGAAGGGGGAAAUAUUACCAGAAUCAUGGAUCCGACUUGCACUUAUACAACCACCUCGACAACACCUACAACAACCUUUGUUUUUAGCACAAGUGAACCACCCACCAGCACAGAAAAACCCAUCACCACAGAAAAGCCCAGCACUACUGCUGCAACAACCACAGAAAAACCCACCACCACAGCCACAGAAAAACCCACCACCACAGCAACUACUACUGCAACAACUACAGCAACACCUACCACUGACUGCUAUGUUUGUAAGUGGUCAGGUUGGAAUGAUAAUAAUUACCCCAGCUCUACCCCAGCUGUUGGUGGAGACUAUGAAAGCAUUAAAAAUAUUACUGAACUGGAUUUGAAUGCUUGCAGUCAACCUCUGGAGAUAGAAUGUCGAGCAAAGCAGUACCCUGACAAACCCCUAAGUGAUCUAGGUCAACAAGUAACAUGCAACCCAACAGCUGGACUAAUCUGUAAUAAUAAUGAGCAAGACUUUCCCCCUAUAUGUUAUAACUAUGAAAUACGAGUGAGAUGUUGCAUUAACAAGUGUGGGCCCACGACUACACCCACAGUGCCAGAAAAAAACACUACAACAACCAUAGUCACAGAAGAACCCACCACAACAACCACAACAGCUACAGAAAAGCCCAGCACCAAAGCUGCUACAACCACUGAAAAACCAACAGUGACAGAAAAGUCAACAACCACCGGCACAGAAAAACCCACCACAGCCACAGAAAAGCCCAGUACUAUUGCUGCAACAACCAAAGAAAAACCCACCACAACAACCACCAGCACAGAAAAACCCACCACAGCCACAGAAAAGCCCAGUACUACCGCUGCAACAUCCACUGAAAAACCUACCACCACAGCCACAGAAAAACCAACCACAAUAACUAAAAAACCCACAACAACAACCAUAAUCACUGAAAAACCCACCACAACAACCACAGAAAGGUCCACAACAACAGCAACGACAGAGAAGACAACAACCCCUGCAGUUGUCACAAAUACAGUAGCUACAACGUCAAAAUCAACAGGACCCGUAGUUCAGCCUACAACUACAGCUGCCACAGAGAAAACCACAACAGCUACAGAAAAGCCCAGCACCAAAGCUGCUACAACCACUGAAAAACCAACAGUGACAGAAAAGUCAACAACCACCGGCACAGAAAAGCCCAGUACUAUUGCUGCAACAACCAAAGAAAAACCCACCACAACAACCACAAUAACUAAAAAACCCACCACAACAACCAUAGUCACUGAAAAACCCACCACAACAACCACCACCACAGAAAAACCCACCACAGCCACAGAAAAGCCCAGUACUACUGCUGCAACAACCAAAGAAAAACCCACCACCACAGCCACAGAAAAACCAACCACAGCAACCACAGUCACAGAAAAACCCACCACAACAACCAUAAUCACUGAAAAACCCACCACAACAACCACCAGCACAGAAAAACCCACCACGGCCACAGAAAAGCCCAGUACUAUUGCUGCAACAACCAAAGAAAAACCCACCACAACAACCACAGAGAAGUCCACUGUUGAAACUACUGCAACAACCACUGAAAAACCCACCACAACCACAGAAAAGCCCAGUACUACUGCUGCAACAACCACAGAGAAACCCACCACCACAGCCACAGAAAAACCCACCACAACAACCACAAUAACUAAAAAACCCACCACAACAACCAUAGUCACUGAAAAACCCACCACAACAACCACCACCACAGAAAAACCCACCACAGCCACAGAAAAGCCCAGUACUACUGCUGCAACAACCAAAGAAAAACCCACCACCACAGCCACAGAAAAACCAACCACAGCAACCACAGUCACAGAAAAACCCACCACAACAACCAUAAUCACUGAAAAACCCACCACAACAACCACCAGCACAGAAAAACCCACCACCGCCACAGAAAAGCCCAGUACUAUUGCUGCAACAACCAAAGAAAAACCCACCACAACAACCACAGAGAAGUCCACUGUUGAAACUACUGCAACAACCACUGAAAAACCCACCACAACCACAGAAAAGCCCAGUACUACUGCUGCAACAACCACAGAGAAACCCACCACCACAGCCACAGAAAAACCCACCACAACAACCACAAUAACUAAAAAACCCACCACAACAACCAUAGUCACUGAAAAACCCACCACAACAACCACCAGCACAGAAAAACCCACCACAGCCACAGAAAAGCCCAGUACUGCUGCUGCAACAACCACAGAAAAACCCACCACAACAACCAUAAUCACUGAAACACCCACCACAACAAUUAUCACAGAAAAAUCCACCACAGCAACCACAAUCACAGAAAAACCCACCACAACAGCCACAGAAAAGCCCAGUACUACUGCUGCUACAACUACAGAAAAACUCAUCACAGCCACAGAAAAGCCCAGUACUACUGCUGCAACAACCAAAGAAAAACCCACCACCACAGCCACAGAAAAACCAACCACAGCAACCACAGUCACAGAAAAACCCACCACAACAACCAUAAUCACUGAAAAACCCACCACAACAACCACCAGCACAGAAAAACCCACCACAGCCACAGAAAAGCCCAGUACUACCGCUGCAACAUCCACUGAAAAACCUACCACCACAGCCACAGAAAAACCAACCACAAUAACUAAAAAACCCACCACAACAACCAUAAUCACUGAAAAACCCACCACAACAACCACAGAAAGGUCCACAACAACAGCAACGACAGAGAAGACAACAACCCCUGCAGUUGUCACAAAUACAGUAGCUACAACAUCAAAAUCAACAGGACCCGUAGUUCAGCCUACAACUACAGCUGCCACAGAGAAAACCACAACAGCUACAGAAAAGCCCAGCACCAAAGCUGCUACAACCACUGAAAAACCAACAGUGACAGAAAAGUCAACAACCACCGGCACAGAAAAGCCCAGUACUAUUGCUGCAACAACCAAAGAAAAACCCACCACAACAACCACAGAGAAGUCCACUGUUGAAACUACUGCAACAACCACUGAAAAACCCACCACAACCACAGAAAAGCCCAGUACUACUGCUGCAACAACCACAGAGAAACCCACCACCACAGCCACAGAAAAACCCACCACAACAACCACAAUAACUAAAAAACCCACCACAACAACCAUAGUCACUGAAAAACCCACCACAACAACCACCAGCACAGAAAAACCCACCACAGCCACAGAAAAGCCCAGUACUGCUGCUGCAACAACCACAGAAAAACCCACCACAACAACCAUAAUCACUGAAACACCCACCACAACAAUUAUCACAGAAAAAUCCACCACAGCAACCACAAUCACAGAAAAACCCACCACAACAGCCACAGAAAAGCCCAGUACUACUGCUGCUACAACUACAGAAAAACUCAUCACAGCCACAGAAAAGCCCAGUACUACUGCUGCAACAACCAAAGAAAAACCCACCACCACAGCCACAGAAAAACCAACCACAACAACCAUAAUCACUGAAAAACCCACCACAACAACCACCAGCACAGAAAAACCCACCACAGCCACAGAAAAGCCCAGUACUACCGCUGCAACAUCCACUGAAAAACCCACCACCACAGCCACAGAAAAACCAACC